AUGCUGGUUUUACCAAACAGGAAGAAAUUCUGUUCUGUGGUGUUUACGGCCGCACGUUUGUGCAGCAGCUGCCCACCAGCUGCGUGCAAAAACCCCGUGGUUUACUUUGAUAUUGCUGCUGACAACGAACCGCUCGGCAGAAUUAGCUUUGAGCUUAAUGCAGACGUAGUGCCAAAAACAGCAGAAAACUUCAGAGCGCUCUGUACAGGAGAACAUGGCUUUGGCUACAAGGGAUCCGUUUUCUUCAGGGUGAUCCCUCAGUUUAUAUGUCAGGGUGGAGAUAUUAUUUAUAACUUUGGAGGUGGUGAUAAGUCUAUCUAUGGAAAGAAUUUUCCCGAUGAGAACUUCAAGCUGAAGCACACUGGACCAGGUAUCCUGUCCAUGGCCAAUGCCGGACCGAACACCAAUGGAUCCCAGUUCUUUAUCUGCACCACUAAAACAGAUUGGUUGGAUGGCAAGUAUGUUGUCUUUGGAAAAGUAAAGGAGGGAAUGGAUGUGGUCAAGAAAAUGGAGUCUUUUGGUUCCAAGACUGGGUACACUUCAAAGAAGAUCACGAUCACGGACUGUGGAGAGCUCAAGUAG